UUUGACUGCUAGGUCUUAUCGCGUUAUCAGCUGUUCGACUGUAAAUUCAAAUUUUGUUAUGGCAGUAUUUUUGAUUAAUAUUUGCAAAUUCAAUGAUUGCGGACUGAUUUUUGAACGUCUAGCUGAUCUCAUUCAACAUAUUGAAGACUGUCAUAUCGACUCAGAUCCAAAAAAGAUAGAGGAAAAGGAACACCAAAAGCCUACUUGCCUUCCGUUAAGUUAUGUUUUGCGAUUUUACUUUGAUGGUAGCAGAAAGGAGAAUGUCAACAUUAAACCCAAGACCAAACCAAUAUCAACCUCAAAUGUUCCUAUAAUCCAAAACUCCCGUUACGUUUUACCUAGAGCAGGAAAAACGCUGGUUGGGGAAGAACCAACUGGAGGUGGUGAUGAUAGUAAUGAUUCUUGGGCUACAACAGAAGAGUUCAGUUCGGAAUUUAUUCUUAGAUAUGGUAGUAGGAUGUUAAGUCCGAAUGCAUCAACCAAUGUCGAUAAGCCUUUUGCCUGCCCAGUUCCUGGCUGUAAGAAACGUUAUAAGAACGUGAAUGGCAUCAAGUACCACUCAAAAAAUGGCCAUAAGAAUGAUGGAAGAAUUCGCAAGGGUUACAAGUGCCACUGUGGGAAGAGCUACAAAUCUAGUCAUAGUUUACAAAACCACACUUUAUUGUUUCAUAACAGUGACCUGCCUCCAUUGGGUGGACACUCAAGUAAAGUAUCUCAACUCAGCCCUCGUGUGACACUUCAACCUGUCAGAACUCUCAUGUUGAAGCAAAUCAACAACCUCAAUGGUGCACCUAUCAAAACUCUUGUUGUUAAAACAGUGAAUAGUCUUAAUAACCCCAGCCCACAUCACAACAAUUUGUCCAACAUGAAACCAGCAUUAAAAAUCUCUACAAACUCAGUGUCCCAGGUGCUAAAAUCAUCACCAAGCAUCGCUCCACUAUCUAGUAUCCUGACGCCAGCUUCCUCUCCAUGCUCUUCAACCUCCUCUGUCAACUCAUCAUAUGAUAUUUCUGAUGACGAGCCAUCCUCCUCUUCCACUUCUGCGCCUCCCAGCCCUCUUCCAUCCUAUUACCACUCCUACUUUUAACCAGAACAGCCACCGUGAAUAUGAAGCUGGACAUAUUUUUAAACAAGCCAUCAUUUCAACUUUCCUGUUCUGAUUAAUUUUUCAUUAGCAGAAGCUCUUUAAUGUAAGACGAUACAUAGUAGAAAUCUCUGCUAUCCUUAUUAUGAAAUUCUAACACCCAUCUAAAAACAAACAGGCGAAGUUUACUUUAAAUUAAUUUCAUUUCAUUGACCAACUGUUCUUUAACUUCUCUGCCUGAGGGCCUAAAAAGACAGCAUACAAAUCCCCUGCAGGAUUGAUAACUUUUCUUCCAUCUUACAUGUUUUGAUACCUUUCAAUCUGAGAAAAUGAUUCAAUAUUAGAAAAUUAAGUAAUGAAAUUUAUGGACUUUUCCUUUAAAAAAACUCAAGUCUUAAUGACUACAUCUUGGGUUUUUUUCCUCUUGCUUUCAUUUGGCAUUUUCUUCACCAUGACCGCGGACCACUAAUGUUAUUAGGAAAGAUACUAUCAUGAACAAAGUACAUAAUACAUCUCACGUAUUGAGAUUAUUUGGUGCGCAUGAGAAAAUAAUUAUUAGGAAUGCCUGGCUGAUGAACAGAUUUUACAAAUCAUACAUUAUAGUCAUAUUGGCCUCUUGUGAAUUGUGUCUCUAAUAAAUAUCCCGUUUAAAAACAUUCAUUAAUUGUAAACAUAGAGUACAAUAGAGUCACAAUGUACUGGAGCGCAGAUGAAGUCACUUUUUAAGACUGUUUUGUCCAAGACUUCUGAGGAUAGUGUGCAGCGAUUAGCGGUACUGUAUCCGGAGGGUCCGAGCUCCAGGGUCCGCUCAGAAAAUUCAGGUAUAAAAUUUAUCUCAUUAAAUCUGGGAGUUCCGUAAGUUUUUUAAUUUGUUAUAAUAUUGGUCAACAUAAUUUGCCAAAAUCCGCGAAAAUAGUUAUUGAUUUAAAAUAAUAAAUCCCAAAAACCAAUCAUAGUCCGCAAUUCUGUCAUAAGCCGCCGUGUUACAAAAUGCCGUCGGGUUCACACUUGGUUCACACUUUCCGGCGAACAAGGGGCUCGAAAUGGCCCGUUCAUGGAUUGACUUCAUUGGCGCUCCAGUACAUUGCGACUCUAAUGUACUCUAUGAUUGUAAAUGGAGAAAAACAGUUCUGUUUGUCCUCAAAUUUUGUCUUUCAAAGAAUUAUAACGAUUAUUCAUUUUCUUUGAAAAAAGAAACUGUAUCAAAAGAUGGAGAUCUGCUCCCUCUCCCCUAACUUUCGUUUUCUCUUAAAUUUACUGCCCUUAUCCUAGAUGAGAAAAAACCAACAAUUUACUGGAGACAUGUUCUGACGUAUUUUCCACAUUAUUUUACAAUGAUGUACAUAAAUAAAAUCAAAUGAAGAAGAGAGAAAUAAAAUUAGUUGUUCAGGAGCUACAUGUUCAUUGUAAUCUCCGAACUGAAACUUUAAAAUUUAAAUUGCUUUGAAAAUCUUUCAAACUCAUUUCUCUUGACUUGCAUUUUUUCAAUUUGAAACAAUUUGUGUUGCGAUUAUUUGAGAAACCAAAAUUUGUUCAAAAUUUCCAUUCUGACUGAGGGUCUACGUGCUAAUACCCACAAAUGUUAUUUAUUUUUCUAGCAGAUUAGAAUUACCAAAAGUAAAUUGUUGAAAUUUGUUAUUGUGACUGAAAGUACUUACUAUGUUGAUCUUAUCACCUUUAAUCGUUUUUCAAGGUGAAAAGUUACCGUGUUCAAAACAAAAAAAUAAAAUUAUAUUUGUUCUAAGA